ACCUUGGAGAAUAGCGGGUCCAGGCAACACCGACUGAUGCCGUUUGGCGCUAGGACCCCGCGGGAGGCGGCGGCGCGAAGCGUGGCCAGUGCCGAGAGCAGGGGCGGCGCGGACGGUCGGCGUUAGGACCCCGCGGGCCGGGCCGGCGGGUGGCGGCGGCGCGUGGGGCGGCGCGUGUUGACAGCGGCGGCGGCGGCGGAGGAGCCGGGCAGGCGGGAGUCUGCGCCUGUGGUUCCUGCCCCUGGUCCCGAGGCGGUGGCGGACGGGCGUCCCGGGAUGGCCUUCAUGGAGAAGCCGCCGGCCGGCAAGGUGCUGCUGGACGACACGGUGCCGCUGACAGCAGCCAUCGAGGCGAGCCAGAGCCUGCAGUCCCACACGGAGUAUAUCAUUCGGGUUCAAAGAGGAAUUUCUGUAGAAAACAGCUGGCAGAUUAUUAGGAGAUACAGUGAUUUUGAUUUGCUGAACAACAGCCUGCAGAUUGCAGGCCUAAGUCUACCUCUUCCUCCCAAGAAAUUGAUUGGUAACAUGGAUCGUGAAUUCAUAGCCGAGAGGCAGAAAGGUCUCCAGAACUAUCUCAACGUUAUCACCACAAAUCACAUCUUGUCUAAUUGUGAGCUGGUAAAGAAAUUUUUAGAUCCAAACAACUAUUCCGCAAACUACACUGAGAUUGCCUUACAACAGGUUUCCAUGUUCUUCCGAUCCGAACCAAAGUGGGAGGUAGUGGAGCCAUUGAAAGACAUAGGUUGGAGGAUAAGGAAGAAAUAUUUCUUGAUGAAGAUUAAAAAUCAGCCAAAGGAACGGCUAGUGUUAAGCUGGGCUGACCUUGGCCCUGACAAGUAUCUGUCAGAUAAAGAUCUUCAGUGUCUAAUCAAACUUCUGCCUUCCUGUUUGCACCCUUACAUCUAUCGGGUCACCUUUGCCACAGCUAACGAGUCCUCAGCAUUGCUUAUUAGGAUGUUUAAUGAAAAAGGCACUCUGAAGGACCUGAUCUACAAGUCAAAACCAAAAGACCCCUUCCUAAAAAAGUACUGCAACCCUAAGAAGAUUCAAGGCCUCGAACUCCAGCAAAUAAAAACAUAUGGGCGGCAAAUAUUAGAGGUGCUCAAGUUUCUACAUGACAAGGGAUUCCCUUACGGGCAUCUUCACGCCUCCAAUGUGAUGCUGGAUGGGGACACUUGCCGGCUGCUGGACCUUGAGAAUUCCUUAUUGGGCCUUCCCUCCUUCUACCGAUCUUACUUCUCACAAUUCAGGAAAAUCAAUACGUUGGAGAGUGUGGACGUCCACUGCUUUGGCCACUUACUGUAUGAAAUGACCUACGGACGGCCUCCGGACGCGGUGCCUGCGGACUCCUUCCCUCCGGCCCCGUCUAUGGCUGUGGUGGCCGUGUUGGAGUCCACGCUGUCUUGUGAAGCCUGUAAAAAUGGCAUGCCUACCGUCUCCCGGCUCUUACAGAUGCCAUUAUUCAGUGAUGUUUUGCUAACCACUUCUGAAAAGCCACAGUUUAAGAUCCCCACCAAGUUAAAAGAGGCAUUGAGAAUUGCCAAAGAAUGUAUAGAAAAGAGACUAAUUGAAGAACAGAAACAGAUUCACCAGCAUCGAAGACUGACAAGAGCUCAGUCGCACCAUGGAUCUGAAGAAGAAAGAAAGAAGAGGAAGAUUUUGGCUCGAAAGAAGUCAAAACGAUCUGCUAUUGAAAAUAGUGAAGAACAUUCAGCAAAAUAUAGCAACUCCAAUAAUUCAGCAGGAUCUGGGGCCAGCUCACCUCUCACAUCUCCGUCCUCGCCGACUCCACCCUCUACAGCAGCUGCCUUAGGUUUGGGUAAAGAUAUAAAGAAAGGUAAGGAUUUCCACAUUACCUCCACCUCCUCCACCUCCGCCUCCACCACCAGCAGCUCCUUUGCCUCCUUCGAACACAGAGGUAGCCACACAGCCGCAGCCCCAGGCUGUGAAUGGCAUGAGCCGAGGGGCCUUACUCAGUUCCAUCCAGAAUUUCCAAAAAGGAACUCUGAGGAAAGCCGAAACCUGUGAUCAUAGUGCUCCUAAGAUCGGCUAAAGUUUCCUGUUUACACUUGGAGGGGAAAGUUUUGUUUUUUUCUACACACCUCCAACCACUAAAAUACCCUCUUCCUGGAUGAAGAACUGCUGGGCCAGUACAGCCACAUUCUGUUUUGCAGAUGCUCAUGUAAGGGGCUUUUCCAGAGGAAAUAUUCAAGUAGAUGAUAAAAUCAGGCUGGCAUUGCCGCCUUAAGA